AUGUUGGUGCUGGUGAUCGGUAUGCUUGUGCUGGUAACUAACUUGCCGGACAAGUUCCAGCAACUCUUGGCUCCUGGCAAGAUUGAGCAAGUGAUUUGCACAGGGAAUAUAUGCGACAAGCCCACGUUCGACUUUCUCCGCGCGCUUUCGAGUGAGUUGCACGUCGUGCGCGGCGACUAUGACGAGGUCUUGCCCGUUGGCGACAAGGGCGCACUUGCAAACUUGGCACGAUCUAUGGGCGUUGAUGUGCUGCUGAGCGGCGCUACACACAAAUUUGAAGCUUAUCAGUAUGAAGGCUACUUUUUUGUGAACCCUGGCAGUGCGACCGGCGCAUGGAUUUCGGAGUCUAGCGCGGUGUGCGGCGCCGAAACGUGGGAAAAGGGCCCUUUGCACGAGUCUGGGGCCAAAGAUACCACUGAAAAACCAGGAUGUACUGCGCACAACAAGACGCCCGAGCCCCGCAACGGACCUCCGCCUUUACUCAACGAAUUGAGCGACGGCACGAUCCCCUCGUUUGCAUUGCUCGACAUUCAAGGCCCACUUGUGGUCGUCUACGUAUACCAGUACAUCGGCGGUGAUGUAAAGGUAGAGCGGCUCGAAUAUUGGAAGCCGAUGCCGCAGGAAACCACGCAGGAGCCAGCGGCGCCGGAACCUGUAACAACCCUAAUGUGA